UUUUGUUCCCAUCCAUAUAAUACAGUGGUGCAAUCAAAUGGACAUAACCCAGACAUACCAAAUGCAAAAAUGAAAAUGCAUAUAUUCAGAUAUGCUUGACAUUCCAAUGUUCAUGCAGCUUUUUGCACCAUGGAUGGAGUGCCAGUGAAGAUUAGUGAACAGUGCCGGCCUCCAGGAAAAGUUCAUCUACCAGCAUCACUUCGAACACUUCCGCCGCCGGAGGUUAACGUUCAAACGUACACUUUCGAGUUGGAGGAAAAGGCUACACAUUGGGUGCAGGAACGUCGAAGAAAUCUGUUGUCCGAAAGAGCGGAAAGACAGAAACGUUUAGAACUCAAAGAUGCAGCCAAACAAAAACAGAAAGAAGAACUGGAGGAAUUAGCGAAACAGGAACAGCAGGAAAAGCUUAAGAGAGAGGAAGAGGAACGGCAGCGGCAGGAGGCAGAAGCGGCGAGAAUGUUAGCCGAAGAAGAGGAGAGGUUACGUCGCGAGGAGGAGGAAAAACUGGAGGAAUUCCGACGACGGCGUGAACAGUUGUCUCGCCAAGAGAGUGAGACGGCGGCAGAGCGCGUGCCCGCCGCCGAGGUGCAGGCCGGCCCGGAGUCUCAGCCGCCGGAGCAGGGGGCGACAGCAUCGUGCGGACCGGAGCCGGAGGAGCCGGCGGCUGCCUCGCCUCCCACCGGCACGCCGAGUCUGCCGACGGCGGCCUCAGUGGCGCCCGGCUGGCCGGCGCCGAGUGUCGUCUCGUCAAACCCGUUCAACCCAUUCGCGCGGCCGGCAGGCUCGGCCGUGCUGACGCCGCAGUCGUGGCAGCAGCCGGGCGCCGGCGCCGCACCCUUCCGCGGCAGUGGCUUCAACUACCGCGACUUCGAGAGCCAGGCCAGCGACCCAUUCGACAGCGCCGAGCUCAAGACCAUCAACGACAUGGAGGAGCUGGCCUGCGUAUUCCGGCCUUCUGCCAACGCCGCCGCACCCGGCCCAUCUCACUCGUCGGCCGCAUACUAUCAGCAGGCGGAGCAGCGGCAGAACCAGCAGCAGGGACCACAGCCUCCGCAGCAGCAGCAACAGCAGCAACGGCAGCGGCAGCAGCAGGGAGCACAGCAACAGCGCGGCUUCACGCCGUACCCGGGCCAGGCGUACGGCCGGCCAGCUUAUGGCCCGGUCGCCAAGUUGCCGACCGACCAGACGGGCUACCGGUACGCCGGGUACGCGUACAGCGCGUCCGGCGGCGGCGGCGGCUCGUACGCGGCUCGUAAUCCGUACCCUGCGGCGACCACCGCCGAGCCGACGGCCGCCUACCCGGCCGUGUCCUCGGCAUCGAGCGGCGUCGUGGCGCCGGCGCAGGCCGACGCCCAGCAGCUGCAUGAGUUCUACACGCGCUACUACGCGUCGCCCGGCCUGCGCAGCAGUCGCAGUGUGCCCGACCUCUGCGAGGAGGUGCAGCGCGAGGCGGCCGCGGUCGGCGACGUGAAGCGCACCAAGUCGCACACCCCGCCGCCGCAGUGUGCGGCUGACAGGCCCGCCGCGGCGCAGGGCCUGGUGUCGCGGCCCGAGCCGGCGGCCGAGGCGGCCGACCCGCUGCACGGGCUGGAGCCGGCCGCUAAGGCCCGGCUGCAGGAGCUCGGUCAGAUGGGCUUCCCUCUGGACCGGCUCAGGCGGCUGCACAGCCAGUUCAACGGUGACGAGAAGCAGGUGAUCGAGUUCGCGCUGUCGGCUCAGCGUCUGGAGGAGGCCGGCCACUCGGCGCUGGAGGCCGAGCGCGGCCUGCUCGAGUGCGACGGCGACCUGGGCCGAGCCGCCGACUUCCUGAACUCGCUGGCCCAGCUCACCGGGCUCGGCUUCCCGGAGCCGCGCGCCCGUGACGCGCUCCGUCGCGCGGACAUGCACCGCGACCGGGCACUCGACCUACUCAUCCAGGGCUAGCGGCACUGUGACCGGGCGCUCGACCUGCUCAUCCAGGGCAAGCAGGCACUGUGACCGGGCGCUCGACCAGCUCGUCCAGGGCUAGCAGGCACUGUGACCGGGCGCUCGACCUGCUCAUCCAGGGCUAGCAGGCACCGCGACCGGGCGCUCGACCUGCUCAGGCAGGGAUAACAGGCACGGCGAUCGUGUGCUCCACCUGCUCAAGCGGGGUGUGCGUCGGACCAUUCCCAGGCGGUAGUGCACCGUCGGCAUUAAGUGCGGCUGUUGCCCGAAGUAUUUGGUGGGAGCGAGCCUGCCACGUUCCGUGCGUCUGAUUCCAUCCCCGGUGAUACUCCCGGAGCGGGGUCCGUCUGCCGCUCCGGGGACGGGCAUAAUCGACCCUCCGCUGUUCCUUAUGCUGCUCGGGUGGUAUCUGUGACUAGUGUUUCCAAGAUAGUAACUGGACAUGGAAUCUACAAGUCUCUGGCAGGGAAAGGCUGGAUUCCUAGGGUCCGGCGCGUCCCGUAUCCCUGACAAUACGCGAAGGUGGCCCGCUGGUUGCACGGUCGGCUGUGCAAUGUAUAGUUGUAUAAUAGGCGCGGACGCGUCGGCGGGCGCCCGCUGUCCAGUUCAUCUGCGGUGAUAUUCGGUGGCUGGCCGCCGCGCCAGGCUGUCGGGACCACGUUCAGGCGGCGUGUUGCCGUGUGUGCGCCGUCGCAGGCCGGCCACCGCGGCGCGGCUCGGCGCGGCGCCCACGUGUUCAGGGACAAUGGCGGAGUCGCGAUCUGAGCGCGGUGUGGCAGUCCACUUGUAUUCAUGUCUCUGCACCACGCGCUGUAUGGUAUAUCAAUAU